UCAUGUAUAAAUCAGUUAUCAGUUGAACAAAAUAUUUUCUUCAGUGUAUCUCCCUGCAAUCAUAAAUUUUGUGCUGGGUGCAUCUACGAAUGGAACUCGUUGAACUCAAAAUGCCCAAAGUGCCGUUGGAGCGCUGUGGAUAUUACACGGGAUACGACGAUAAAUGCCAUCAUCGAGCAGUAUCUCCAAGCAUUUCCAGAGAAGCGGCGAGACGAAGCUCAAUUGAUUGAACUCGAUGAGCGUGAACUGGAUCACUUGGAGAAAUGGGAACGGAAGCGAGGCUCGGAUGAUGGAGAUUACGAUUACGACAUGGAGGAUCAGUAUUUUGAGAGUGAAGAUUCGGAUGCUUUCGAGGUGCAGGACGAGCAACUUGACGGGGACGAUGACGAUGGCUCUGCUUUGGACGACUAUUCGAGCUCUGAGAGGUGGAGUGAUGACGACAUGAUGGGAAGCUAUGAAGAUGAAGAAGACGAGGGAGACUCCGACAUCCAGGACGAGUAUUUAUCACGUCGAAAUUUGGAGAAGGCACGAAUGGAGCGAUUACGCCGGGAGAAGGAAGAACGUGAAAGACUUAAGCAGAUGGAAGCUGAACAAAGUCGCAAAACAAAUGGUACCUCCAAAAAGGGAAGACCUCGUGAACCUCGUUGUGGCACAGGAGGAAACAGUAGGUUUAUUGUGUUGUAA